GAGACCAGGUUGUGGUGAGUGAGUGCGCAGCAUCCGGACGAGGGGCGGGACGGGCGGAUCCGGAGGACGCUUAGGACCUAGUUGCUGCUCAGACCCGCAGGAUCGAGGCUUCCGGUGGACGAGAAACCACCCAACAUGGCAUCGGAGAGCGGGAAGCUGUGGGGCGGCCGGUUUGUAGGCACCGUGGACCCCAUCAUGGAGAAGUUCAACUCGUCCAUCACCUACGACCGGCAGCUGUGGGAAGUGGAUGUGCAAGGCAGCAAGGCCUACAGCCGGGGCCUGGAGAAGGCAGGGCUCCUCACCAAGGCCGAGAGGGACCAGAUACUCCAGGGCCUGGACAAGGUGGCUGAGGAGUGGGCCCGGGGCACCUUCAAACUAAAUCCGCAUGAUGAGGACAUCCACACGGCCAAUGAGCGGCGUCUCAAGGAGCUCAUUGGUGACACCGCAGGGAAACUACACACAGGACGAAGUCGGAACGACCAGGUGGUGACAGAUCUCAGGCUGUGGAUGCGGCAGAACUGCGAGACACUCUCCGCCCUCCUCCGGGAACUCAUCAGAACCAUGGUGGAUCGAGCGGAGGCGGAACAUGACGUCCUCUUCCCAGGGUACACUCACCUGCAGAGGGCUCAGCCCAUCCGCUGGAGCCAUUGGAUCCUGAGCCACGCCGUGGCACUGACCAGAGACUCUGAGAGGCUACUGGAGGUGCAGAAGCGGGUCAACGUCCUGCCUCUAGGGAGCGGGGCCAUUGCAGGCAAUCCACUGGGUGUGGACCGGGAGCUGCUCCGAACAGAACUGAAAUUUGGGGCUAUCACUGUCAACAGCAUGGAUGCUACCAGUGAGCGUGACUUUGUGGCUGAGUUCCUGUUCUGGGCUUCGCUGUGCAUGACCCAUCUCAGCAGGAUGGCUGAGGACCUCAUCCUCUACGGCACCAAGGAGUUCAGCUUUGUGCAGCUCUCUGAUGCCUACAGCACCGGAAGUAGCCUGAUGCCCCAGAAGAAAAACCCAGACAGCCUGGAGCUGAUCCGGAGCAAGGCGGGGCGAGUGUUUGGACGGUGUGCUGGGCUCCUGAUGACCCUCAAGGGACUUCCGAGCACCUACAACAAGGACUUACAGGAGGACAAGGAAGCCGUGUUUGAAGUGUCUGAAACCAUGAGUGCUGUCCUCCAGGUGGCCACUGGCGUCAUCUCUACAUUGCAGAUUCACCGUGAGAACAUGUGGCGGGCUCUCAGUCCUGACAUGCUGGCCACUGACCUCGCCUACUACCUGGUCCGCAAAGGGAUGCCAUUCCGCCAGGCCCAUGAGGCCUCUGGGAAAGCAGUGUUCAUGGCCGAAACCAAGGGCGUGGCGCUCAACCAGCUGUCGCUUCAGGAGCUACAGACCAUCAGCCCCCUGUUCUCAGGCGACGUGAGCCACGUGUGGGACUAUGGGCACAGCGUGGAGCAAUAUACUGCCCUGGGUGGCACUGCGCGCUCCAGUGUCGACUGGCAGAUCGGCCAGGUGCGAGCGCUGCUUCGGGCACAGCAGGCCUAGGUCCCCCGACCCCGCUCCCAAAUAAAGUGGGCCAGAGAGAA